UCCAUUUGCCAGAUGUCCUCAGCGUUCAGCGUACGCGUUUGAGGAGUGUUAGAAAGGCCACGUGUCGUCGCAGUGCUUCAAAUUCUUUUGUGUGAUAACAAUAGGUGCCGUGCGGGUGCUCUAGAGAGCAGGUUAAAAAUGGUCCAACCCGUGUACGCUAGGCUUAGCGAAAGUGACGAGGAAUUGAUGAACCACUUGCGCAGUGUGAUCAUCACGCGUUCGAGGGAUGGAGCGACAAUCGAUGAAAUUAUAGAAGACUAUUUGGAACUGACGGGGAAACAUUUGUUGGACAAUUUCUUAUGCCGCAACGAUCUUAUGACUUACCUGUCUAUGAUCGAUGGAAUUUGGUACUCGACCGAGGGUACACAGAGCGUUAUACUGUGGUACUGUAGCACGCCCAGGACGAAACAUCUUGUCGACAUGAUCAAGCAGCAGAAAGCUUCGCAGACUGCUGGUGGUCACUCCUAUCGUCACUACAUGGCACGUGAAGUGGUCCUCGAAAACGAGGUGGUAGACAACUAUGGGAACAAUCUCAAUCCGUCUACUGGAAUGGGAUGUGGUAUUAAACCUUCUGCUCCGGUCGUUACCUUCGCCACCACCGCUCAGGAGAAUUGGCGGAUGCCAUCGGUGGCUGCAACGCGACGUCCAACAACACGACAGUUUCGCUACCGGAGACCACAGCGAGAGGUACGGCAUCGGCCGUACACAAGACCCGAGACCACCAGCUACGGACCGAGCUGGAGACGGCCGAGGAGCUGUGAACUCGAUUAUUGUAAGUACGGGCCAUCGUUUCAUCAACAUCAGCUGCUUGGGGAUGACUUUUUUCUAGCCAUAGCGAAAUGGGAAUUGAAGUACUCUUUUGACCCAGGCCAUGACAUCGAGAUGUGUGGAUUGUGCAUCUCGGGAUUAACUCUCUCCGAUGCAGCGAUGCGAAUUCAGGUGGCGCCGUACAUCGCCGGUCAAGUUCUAAUCAACGUUGGUACGGUGGACCUUCUGCAUGGUCGGGUAAUGAUCGAUCUGAUACACGACUUCGAGCUGCUGAUGGCUCGGUUCCGUGAUCGAAACGUCGAACCGAUCGUGACAACCCUCGCACCGAUAGCGAACUCGGGUGGCCGAACGAUCAUGGCGGAGCGGCUACUAAAGUUCAACGAGUACAUCCGGCGCACUUGUCCGCGCUACAUCGACCUAUGGAAGUACUUUGUCCAUGCGGACGGAAGCUGUCGGUUUGAGCUUUACCAGCCUGGACCACGCACCGUCACCGGCAGCAUUCGACCCCACGUGCUGUGGAACAAACUAGGCCGGCAUCAUUUAAUGAGUGUGAUAGGACACGAAAUAGCUGCCCAACUAACUGGCAGUACCUCGGCCCAGUUACUAACGCCACACUAUGGGCUUGGCUCGGUCGGCAUCGUAUGCUGAUGAACUAUGCCAUUUCCGUACUAGUCCCUACAAAUCUUUAUGGCGUGUUUUCCCCUUUUUGGUUUGCCAUCCACUCGAAAGUGGCUUUUGUAUACCGUUUUUUUUAAAGUUAUGCACUGCGCAUCCGCCGGCAUCUGGCAUUUUAAAUUGUUCCAUGCUAUUGUGUCCCGUUGGUGGCCAGUGUCUUAUAUUUGUAAUGUUAUAUUUGUUUUUUCACUUGCGCACCAUUCGUUACCCGGUGAUUGUUUGCUUUAAUUGAAGCUAAGCUUUUACAAUAACAAAACAAGCUAUCACACAAUGAUCGCCUGAGGCUGAUGACGAUUGGUUGCUUGGAGCGGAAUAGGCCUACAUUGGACACAAUUUCCACAUCUCGGUUCCGGGACCGAGAGCGUGGUGAUGUCCAUUGUCCCCUCCUCGCGUACUGUUGGCAGAGCGUUCGUCCGUUCGAAGCCACAAGAGUUCGUCCUUCCGGAUGACGAAUUGGCUUGUCGCUUCGAGAAGCACGAGUUCCAGAAGUCGAUGUCCCCACAUGCGGCCGGCCCAUUUGUGGGGUAGUCUGCUUUUCGAACUCGUGUCGGAAAGGGUAAAAGAAAAAGAUGACCAGCUUGCAGCAAAUCGACCGGUCGUGUAAGCUGGUUGAUCGUGAAACUCAUUGUUUCAUUUUUUGCUUAACCGCCAACUUCAAACCUCUCGUUAUCAUCCUGGCGAACAGUGAAGCUCCAUCCAAAGAUGCGACUCGAGUCGAUCUCCAAUUUGAUCAUGAUCUUACAAAGCAAACACUGUGCGAUUCCUGUGUUUGUAUUGUUUUAGUGUUUAUGUGUUUGUGCAUACAUGUGUCAAUAAAAAAUGUACAAAAAAGUGCAUCAGAAGAAAAAAGCAAACAAA